UUAAAAUACAUCUAGGUCCAGGGGCGCAGUUCAUAAGGGUUUUUUGAUUGCUAAACCCGAGAGAGAGAGAGAGAGAGAGGAUGAGUGGGGCAGGAGCACCCGAUUUCUUCUACAGAGAAGCUCAGCGCCUUGGUUACGUUGCUCGCUCUGCCUUCAAGCUGCUUCAGAUGCAGAAGCAAUACAAACUCAUCAAACCCGGUUCUUCCAUUCUCGACCUUGGUUGUGCUCCUGGUGCCUGGCUUCAGGUAGCUUGUCAGAGCUUGGGCCCAUUAAAAAAUGGUGGUGUAGUUGUGGGCAUUGACCUCAAGAAGGUGAAGGUCCCUUCUCUCCAUUGUGAUGCUAGGGUUCGCACGGUUUGUGCUGAUGUCAUGAACCUCCCCAAAUGCCAAGUUAAAGCACUCUCUCCUCAGCAGCUAGGGUUUUCAGUCAUACUCUCAGAUAUGUGCCCCCUAGUUUCUGGAAUCACAACAAAGGAUGCAGCCUUAUCCGCUGAGUUGGGGAUGCGAGCACUUGAUUUGGCUGUUGGAGGGACUGCUAUUUUAGACGAUAUUAUUCAAAGGGAACGGCAAUCAGAUGGCUCUGAUUCUAGUCCAGAUGAUCGUGGUGUACUAAAACGUGGGGGCCACCUUAUCAUUAAGUUUCUAGAGAGUGAAGAUGUGCAAGAAUUCAGUCGAAUUUGCAAACCACUCUUUAGAAAGGCAUCAUGGUUGAGGCCUAAAGCCACAAGAUCAUCUUCCAGAGAGAUUUAUUUGAUAUGCCAAGGUUUGCUAUAAUGGGUGACUUUGGAGAAUUGGCGGUCAAAUGAUUGGUUCCCAAAGUGUAGGAACCAGAAGUCUUUGCUUUAAAGUGGCAUAAGAUUUACUAUUUUUGUAAUUUAGGGAUUUUGAUCCUGCCCUUUGUAGUGUAAAAACAUGGAGACUGUUUGUACUCCCCAAACUGUGCUUUAAUGGAAUACUUUGGAAAUCUUUUCAGCCAUGGCAGGUAAGAAAAUUUGUAUCAUUAA